AUGGCUUUGGAGAGUAUAAACAACAAGAAAGAUGAACAAGAAGCCUUUUCUUUAAACCAACUCGAUCCAUCCUUCUACUACAAAAUUAUGUCUAGGAACUCCUCUGUGGGCCGUUCUAGUACAUAUCAAGACAGCGAUGUUAAGAUUCCCUUGGACUGGGAAGUUCAGCCUGGCAAGCCUAGAUAUGAUCGACUGGACGCACCGAGCACCUCUCACGUUGUUUGGGAGAGAGUGAAGAGCCAGAAAUAUUACUUUGAUAAGAAAAUUGAAGAAAGGUCUUCACGGACUAAUUCGAGUGCUAGUGCCUCGGAUGAAUUCAUCAAGGAUUUCGAGUUUGUAAAUCUGGAUGUUGGUGAAACUAUAAUGUCAAGUUCCCCUUCAAGAUCUCGGUCCUCACCACCACUGAUGCGUUCCCCAACUUGUUCUAUCAAACCACCAAAAUCCCGAUUUCAAUACGUUGCAAGGGGACUGGUCAAAUGGGUUUUGGCUGCUAAGCCUAGCAAGGAUACCAAGUAG